AUGCUCCAAAAAGACGGUCAGCAGUCAACGCCUGGGAAGCUCGCCUCUGCAAUUGACCAAGCAGUGACUCCUCCGGGCUCGUCAAUUCUCCAGCACAAUGAUGCAGAGAGACCACCAACGCCCCCAGAAUGGGCGCAUCUCGAGUCCAGAAUCCGCCGCAAAACAGACCUACGUCUCUGCUCCAUCGCCGGCCUCCUUUGCAGCCUCAAUCUGCUAGACUCAGGCAUCCUCGCUUCCGCCUCGGUCACAACAUUGCUGUCCGACCUCGACCUGCAAGGCCAGCGCUACUCCGUCUCAAUCUUCAUCUUCACCGUCGCCAGCAUAGUCUUCCAACUCCCCUGCACCGUCGCCGUGCGCUACGUCGGCCCGCGGCCAUGGUUCGCCUCGAUCACAUUCUGCUUCGGCCUGAUCACCCUGUGCACGGCAUUUGUGCAAACCUGGCGCCAGAUGAUCGCCGUCCGCAUCCUGCUGGGAAUCUCCAUGUCCGGCAUCUAUCCGGGUCUUACGUACCUCGUUAGCACGUGGUACACGAGACGGGAGCAGCAAUUGCGCUUUGCGUUCCUGCAGUCUGGCGAGGUUGCGGCGCUGGCAACGGGGUAUAUCGUCAAUUACGGCCUGAACCAGCUCCAUGGUAAGGCUGGGCUCGAGGGCUGGCGCUGGAUGUACCUUGUCCAGGGCCUGAUUACGUGCGUCAUCGGCAUCGUGACGUACUGGUGGAUGGUUGAUUUCCCUGAGGACGCGCGGAAAAGCUUCGCUUUUCUUACGGAGACGGAGGCGAAGAUCGCGGUGCAGCGCAUUCAGGCUGAUCGCGGGGAUGUUGUCCUUGAACCCUUCGAAUGGCGGAAGGUCUUCGUCAACUUUACAGAUCCAAAACUGUACGGCUUUGCGUGCAUGUAUUUCUGCCUGAAUAUCGUCUCCACGGCACUGAACUAUUUCCUCCCUCAAAUCAUCGAGUCAGGGCUGGGCUUCUCAGCCAACGACUCUAUCCUGCUAUCUACACCUCCCUACUACUGGGCCGUUCUCCCCGUCUUAUUCACCUCCCUGAUCGGCGACAUGUUCCGUAUCCGCGGACCUCUGAUCACAUUCAACGCACUAUGCCUAAUAGCCGGGUAUCUAAUGUUCGGCCUUCCCUCCUCAACGCAAGUAACAGUGCGCUACAUCGGGACAUUCCUCGCAACGGGCGCAUACGUCUCCAACUGGGCGGCGCUAAACGCAUUCAUGGCGAACAAUGUCGUUGGCCAAUGGAAGCGCGCGACGACUGCCGCGGCCGUUGCGGCUUGUAACGGGCUCGGAUCAAUUGCGGGCAGUUAUAUCGUUAGACAAAAAGAGGCGCCGACGUACCAGACCGCAGUUUGGGUAUCAAUUGGGUCUCAUAUCCUCAUGAUUGUUAUUGUGGGGAUUUUUUCGGUGGGCUUCUAUAACCAGAAUACGCGGCAGAAGAAAGGAGAGGUGCUUCAGAAUACGGUACGCUUGGUUUAG